AUGACCGAAUUUAAAUACGGUUCGAAUAAUUAUCAUAAAAAAUUAUCGACCGCAGACAAAGCUAUUGUUGGUGGCACAAACAACGUGACCGCUUGUGAUGAAAAUAGCCGAAAACCGCGUCUAAAAAAAUCUUUCAGUGAAUGUGAAUAUUACGAGAUGGAGAGUGGAAUGAGUGGAAAUUUUAAUUUGUCACCGACAAGACGAAAAUGUCGUGUUGAUGAAUCACAUCGAUUUCAUCACUGUCCACGACAAACGACCGUUAAUGAUGGCAGUAAUGUUAUGGGUGAUAUCUCAUUUAUAGAUAUUAAUAAGACACCAACACCCUACAAUUACGACUCAUCAAAGUCUCAGUAUUUACUGGCACAGCAACAAAAAUUAAAGGAAUAUAAAAAUGAUCCUAAUUACAUAACAACCAAUGGUGAUAAUUAUUCAAGCGAAUCAUCGACAGAAACUCGUGGAAUAUUAAAGAACAAAUGUACCACGGCAGCAUCGUCAACGACGACGAGUGAAUCAAAUGCUAGCAAUAACAAUAAUAACAGUAAUAAUAGUAACAAAAGCUUAUUGAAACGGAAUAAAGGAUUGAGUACAUUAUCGUUGUGCAGCUGUGACGCUGAAACCGAGGUUAUACCGAAUCAAUCCCGGCCAUUAUAUCAGUAUUCAUUGGAUCGUAAGCGACCGUUACAUACCUACACAUGCGAGCAAAACGCACAAAUCCUAUUAAGAUUGGAACGUGAGCGCCUUAAAAAAUAUGGAUCAUAUGGACGAUUGCACUUUACUACGCAAUCGAAUACAGAGCAGCAAAAGUCGAAGCAAAGUAACAACAAUAGAAUCGACAAUGGCAGUUUAAAGGACUUUAGUGUAUCUAAUACACGAAUACCUGGAUAUCCUGAGGCAAAUCACAUAGAGAACGAGGUGUUUAAAGGAGAUCCUAAUCGCAAUACAAACAACAUCAACAACAACAAUAGCAACAGCAUCGUUGGUGACGAUAUAAUCCCACCGAAUUUUCCGCCACCUCCAAAGGCAGCUCAUCUACAACGUAGUGCGUCUGUUACGAAUAAGCAUAUAUCAAAUCCAGUGAUCAAUCAAAAUGAAUUUGCAUCUACUCGACCAAAUGCUAACACAUUGAGCUCAAACAAGCCUGAUUUGUUUAAUUUCACCACUAAUAAUACAACGGGUAUGAUGGAUGAGAGGAUGUCGACAGUAAAAACUAAUAAUCCUGGAGAGAUUAACGCAAAUAACUGUCAAUCAUCUAAACUAGCAUAUCCAUUAUUUUUCUGUGACGAGCAGAGUCGACAAUUGUAUAAUGCAGCACAAGGCGAUGAGAAGAAUUCUGUUUAUUUUUAUCAUCAUGAGCCGCCAACGUAUUUACCAAAUUAUGACAAUAUAUCAUCGAAAUAUCCUGACAAAUACAACACUUUGCCACCGGGCAAUGAAUGUACGGCUGGAAUUUAUCCAUUACAACAAUUUAAUAUACCAAUCACCAAAGUUCAUUCGAGUACAUGCAAUUUGAACAAUCAAUUUAAUUCAUCAAAUUUAAUUAGCAAUCAUCAUUUCUCGAAUUCACUCAAUAACUUCAACAUGAUGGAUACACAGCUACAAAAUUAUUACAACUUCAAUCCAUCAUUUACACAAUUACCGCAAUCGCGCGGUGCCGCUCCAUUUGGAAGUUCAUCAAUUAUCGGUAGCUCAUUUGCCUCAAACAUUAGUCUUAAUGGAACACCAAAGAAUCCAAAUAUGCCAUGGAAACAUCGGCAAUGUUCUAGUCGAAGCAGCAGUUCGGGAACAAAUUCAUCAAAAUGGGAUCUGCCAUCUCGACAAUGGUUGGCAUUAACAUCAAUUCUUUUGAUCGCUGGAGCUGCAAGCGUUGCGGUACCAUUAGCUUUAAGUGUUACGGCAGGUUCACCGUUCGACGAACGAUAUCAAGCAGCAAUUACACUUCUCGAAACAGUGCCUUUAAUCGAUGGACAUAACGAUCUUCCGUGGAAUAUUAGGAAAUUUAUGCACAAUCAAAUUAAUGAAUUUCGGUAA